GUCAGGUAGGUAGUGACGCGAUGUGGAACAUAAACAACAAACAAUGGGCUGUGGGUUAUAGAUCUUGUGAAGUACUUUAACCGACAGAGGCUAUUUGUACGUGAACUUUCACAUUUGAGAACUAUUGCGAGCUUUGGCUGUGACGUAUUUGACGCAAGGACAACCAUGAGGCUCUGCUACCCCUUAUUGAUAUGCCUGGUCCUAACCAUGUCCUCAUCUUUCAUAAUUUCAUCCAAACACAUGUGGACCAAAAUGAUCCUCACUCAUCAUUGGCCAACCACUUUCUGUUCGAUGGAGCACUGUCAAAGCAACAUUAGCCAGUGGACACUACAUGGAUUCUGGCCAGAUGGUGGCGCUUUCUGCAAUUCUUCAUGGCAUUUCAACUCUUCUGAAAUAGAGGACCUGCUCCCAGACAUGAAGACGAGUUGGCCUGACUUGUUUGAUCCCUUGUCUAAUGAAUUCUGGAAAUAUGAGUGGAAGAAACAUGGUACGUGUGCAGCCAAAGCCAUUUCCCUGAACAGCCAACAUAAAUACUUCAGCAAGGCACUGAAUCUGUAUCAUACACUGGAUUUGGACAGCAUCCUGAAGAAGUUUUCCAUCACACCUUCUCCACAAUACUAUAAUUUCUCAUACAUUGAAGGAGUAAUAGAAAACUUCUACCACGUCAAACCUAAGAUCCAGUGUGGCCAAUCAACAAAGAAUGACAGUUUCCAGGUUUUGGGGCAGAUUGAGUUGUGUUUCAACAGUAGUUUCGCCCUGAUGGACUGUGAGAAACCGGUUUCCACGGAAUCUGUUCCCGAUAGAGGUUGGGACUAUACCAUGAAUGUUGACAAGGGAUCAGGGUUAUCUAUGUGCAACCCGGAUGUGCCAGUUUACUAUCCACCUGUUGAAUAAUACAAAAACCCAAUACUUUCACAAAUUGAAAUUGAACAACACACUAUGAUGAGGAUUCUUUUUUAUUCAAAUGCAUUGAAAUUCUGACUGUGACUUGAAUAAAACCUACCUUUGAUUGAAAUGUUCUUUUUACGUCCUACAAACCAGGACGCACACUCCACUGUCACUUUGUGCUUUGCUGGAAUUAUAUCCCCUUCUGACUCUUACAAGUAGAUAAGUCUGCCAGUGCACAGCAUGGGUUUCUCUGCAGCACAGCAGGGGGCAUUAUGGUAAUUUCAAGUCAGGGCGGGCAGGGAGUUUAAUAUGCUGCACAUUUAUAUAUCUUCGUAGUGUGCAUUUUUUAUUAUUGGUAGGCAUAUUUAUUUCUACAUUGCUACAUGUGCUUAUAUACCACCUAUUGCGUGUCCUCUCUCAUGUUUUGGCAGGGAUGUUUGCAUUUGUUUGUAUACAUUAAUGCAUUUUUGUUUUGUUUUGGUUUUGUUUUCAGAAUCAUGAUAACCAAGUUUAUCUGGCAAUUCAGUUUUAUAUAUAUGUAGUACCAAAUCACAACAGCAGUCGCCUCAAGGUGCUUUGUAUUGUAUGGUAAAAGCUACAGUAAUAUAGAUGAUAUGGAUGUUUUGAGGACCAUCUUUGUAAGCCCACAGUGCCACUUAUGAACCACUUUAUAACUGUUAAGUAUGUGUGUUUGAUGUUCCCUUUUUAGGUCUGUUUCCAUAAAUAUAAGGUGGUAUGCAAUAAAUCCUUCAUUUAUUUCAAUAUUCAUUAAGAGAUGUGAGUGUCAGCACAGUACAUUACACAAGAUGCCAUACAAGUUCACAGCACAUCAGUUUUUGCUGACCUAUGGCCUGAAUAAGGUUUAGCACUUGUUUUGGAAAAGGUUAUUUAACACCUCACCGAUCUGCACACCGACUUGUUUCUGUUGAUGCUGUUGGACUGUGGCUUUUUGUGCAUAGAUGAAUCAUUUUAAAUCUAAUGGAUUUUAUUGUAUCUACAGUAGAUCAGUGCUGUAGUGUGAAAUUACUGACCUAAGCAUGUGUAUCAUUUUUUUCUCACAAUAAAGCCUUCAAUAUCUA